UGAAAUAUCGCGUACCAGUACCGUUGCUCAUACAGUCAGUCCUACACCUUUAGUUUUAUCAAAUAUAAAUGCUUUGAGUGCCAAAUACAACUACCAACAAGCGUAUAAAACAAUGACGAAUGACUUUGAUGUUAUAGAUAAUGACUACGUACAAGUACCUAAGAUUAUCAUAUCAAUUCUUCAAGAUCAAGUUGCAGUGAUUAAUAAUUUAUCAAAACAUCAUACAAAUUCAAAAGACAUAAUUUAUACCGCAAAAGGCGUAGCUUUGUCAAAGAUAAACAACAACUGGAUUGCUCCUUUUGGUAUAUACAAGGAAGCUUGCUAUGUAUGUUCUUAUUAUGGUCAUACGUUUAAGUUUUGUCCAAAUAUUGAAACAUCAUAUUUAGGUUCCUGCGUUAAAUGUUGGUGCAUUGGCCAUGCUGCGAAAGAUUGUGGAAACUGUAUUCAUGAACUCCCAUUUAAGCAAGGAUAUGUUACACCAGAACAACUUUUAAAAUUAUUUGGUAGAUUUGAAGAUUGA